AGCCGCGUCGGGGGCUCGAGGCUGCCACUCCCUGCCGUUGCCACCAGCGCGACCUCCGCUGCUGCGGACGAGGCCAACUCCGCCCCGUCCCCGCGCCCUCGCUCUCGUCCACCCGGUCUCGCCUUGCACUGCGAGCUCAAGAGGCUGGCAGCAGAGCUCGCACGGAAGGCCGUGCGGCAGCAGCGCACGCAGUGGGCGGCGCCGUCAUGCAGCCUGACAGCGUGGUGACUCGUGGAGGAGAGGAUCGCCCUGGGCGGCACGGCCACCCUUCGGAGGGCACCAACUAUACACCUACACUGAUCCAGCCCAGGCCGAUCUUAGGUCCAGGAUCGGUGUAUAUGCAUUCUGCCCAUGGCAGGAGGGCGUAUACACCGAUCCUGGGCCCAGGUUGAUCUUGGCCGGGAGCGGUGUUCCUGUACAGUUGGUGCCUCCCUAACCCUGACGCCCGUCUCGGUGUCCGAUCGGCUCCUGGCCGCCACGGCCCCCGCUCGGCCGACCCACUCCGCGACGCCGUCGACCGUGCGCGGGCGCCUCUCGCGCCGCGUGCGCACCGCCGCUGAAGUCCGCAGCGUCGCCGGGGACUCCUUCGCGCAGCGGUCGGCCUCGAGGUUGCCGCACCGAUCCCGCCUCUGGAGGCGGCCCCGCUGCUGCCGGCGGGCACCUUGGCGGAUGUCCCGGCCGCGGGGGUCCGGGCCGCCGAGAUGGGCGGUGGCGGCCCAGGCGCGCCGCCAGAGGUUCGCCCGUGGGCUGCCUGCGCUGCACGUGGCAGCGGGCCUCCUCCUCCUCCUCCUCCUCCUCCUCCUCCUCCUCCUCCUCCUCCUCCUCCGCUGCCUCCUCCUCCUCCUCCUCCUGCUCCUCCUCUUUUGUGGCCCCCUCGUCUCCGCCCGGGCGCCGCCCCUCCCGGGAGGCUGUCGGCCCGGGGCUUCGGUGGGCUGGACCUGCCGCCCGCCCUGGCCCCUGGGCCUGAUUCGCCAGAAAGAGUUUCGAGCACCAAAACAAGUACCGAAACUCAAAGGGUUUUCCCGUGUCGGGCCCUAGGAGAGACUCGUCCGACUCUGUGCCGGCACUCUUUCGACACUUUUCCGGGUGCUCGAAGUCAUUUCUGGGAUGUGGCCUUGAUGUUCGAUGGGAAACGUAAGCUUCGCCAACGAAGCCGAGCCGCUGAACAUCGCGAGCGGCGGCAUCGACUGCGGGAGCGCUACCAACACCGCCAGGAGCUCGCCGCCGUCCACGUCCUGGAUCAGCCCUUGCAUUCAGUCGGGCUUGUCCCUCUACAGGGGGAAAAUGAAAGAAAAGCAAAAACAAGUAAUCCGUGAUGAUGUUUUUGACAUGUUUUUGAAUGUUCUUGAGUUGUUGUUGGGUUAUCUUGUUCUUUUCGCCCAGACUCUGCCUGAAGAUGCAGAGCUGCCACCAAUCAGGAGGAAAAGAAACACACAGACACAAUUAAUCCUGGAUUUCCCAGAAAAUAUGGGAAAAUAUGGGAAGUGGGCGGGAAGACAGAAACCCAGAAAAUAUGGUAAAAUAUGGGGGAUUAUUUUAUUUGUGUGUAUUUAUUUGUGUGUCUCAGGGCCCCUUCAAUCAAGAUCUUGUGGCUGGACCGUGGCCCGAGGCACCGCCCGGGCGGGGCAGGGCGGCAGGGCGAGAGACCGUGCAGCCAGCCACGGCGAGGUCGCGGAGCGACGGCGUCGAAGGCGGAGAGCGUCGACGAGCACCUCGCCGCGCAGGAUGCACGGGGUCUUGAGCUCCCUUUCGCGACCCGUUGCCGGUCGCACGCCUCAAGGCCAUCAACGUCCGUGUUCCAGGAUAUCGAUGCGCGCUGGCGGCGCGCUGGCUGCGCAAUGUUUUUGCUGGACUGGCCAGGAUGGCAACGCCGUGGAGCACGAGGCCGACGAGCCUGCUGGGGGGCGGCAGUAGCCGCACCUGCCCGAGCUCGAGGAGGUUGGUGGUGACAGAGAGGCAGCAGGAGUUGUCGGAGAGGUUCGGCGGCCUGGAGCUCGACCCCGUGCUCGGCAGCGGGGCGGUGGUUCUGAUGGAUGCGGAGUGGAUGGUCGAGCGAGACGGCUCUGACGGAAUAUUCGAGCCGCGCCAGGCCCUGCCGCCAAUCGCGCUCAUGCCCCACAGCGGCGGCAAGGCCGCCACGCAAGACAUUGAGAGGUUCCGGCAGCCGCUGCUACACGUCGCCUGUAUCUGUUGGCUGGAUCGGACGUCCCCCCCCCUCAGCGGACAGGCGGGCACGCCUCCCCGCCGCCGUCCUUGGGGUCGCCCCCGUGCUUGCGGCCGCCCCCGCCAGGAGGGCCGCCGCCAGGAGGGCCAUCUCCACCUCCAGGCGGCGCCAUGCGCAGGCCGACGUCCAUCCCCUGGCGGAUUUCUCUCUCUUCUCUCUCUCUCUCUCUCUAUCGCCCCCUCCUCCCCUCUUGCCCCUCCCCUCCCCUCCUCGUCCUCCUCCUCCUCCUCCUCCUC